AUGAAGGUCUUCUGUUUGAUCCUUUGUGUUUGUUUAGUGGCUUCUCAGGCAAGCCAUCUUGAUGAGAGGUCCAUCGAAGUGAGAUCAGCGUUGAGUAGGGUUCAGCACUUCGUCCAUAAUGCAAUGUCCGUAGCAAUCAGUGGUUGUCAACUAGUAUCCACGUUCGUCAAUGCACCAGUGUGUGUAGCAAUGGGUAUAGUGCCGGAAGCCAAGGCAUUAGAGGCUUGUGGAGUGUACACAGUAGGGUUUCAAAUCUGUCAUGCAGUCGUGGAAGGAGUCAGGACCUACUGCUCUCAAUAUGGAACAAGUCUUCCUGGUGGUGAUGCUGCCAACAAGAUCAUUUGUGAAGCUGUUCAGAGGAAGGGUUGA